UGUCUUUGGCAUGCACCAGGAUUGCAAAAACAACCCGUUCUUAGAUGUAUUUUGAACAAAGCUGCCAUGUGUAAAAUUUCCAUAUAUCCUAUAUAUUCACCAUUGGACCGCAUAAGAUUAAAGAUCUGGAGAAAAAGAAAGGAUCAGAAGAAAACUCAUCAACGUCCAAAAAGGAACAGCUUGAAACGGAAUCUCGUACAUUAGUGAAGACGAAGAUUCCCAUGGAAGAUACUGAAUCACCUUGGUUCACUUUGCAAACAGUCCAGGACUCUUCGUUCGAACGACCUUGCUCAGAGAUAAUUCAGAUCAACGAUGUAUUUUCUGAUUUUUCCUUAGCCGAUACAGGUCACGAUAAAACAAUGAAGGAGCUCGUCAGACAGUGGAUGGCGAAAGAAGAGCGAUUUUUGGUAAUUGCUCCAGGUCAGAGUAAAAAAGAUCCAGAUCCUAGCGGAGAGAAGGAAAGAACGCAUAUUAAAGAUCGAUGGAAAAAAUUCAUAGUACUCGCAGCCUUGUUGGCAAUAGCCAGUGCCGGUGGUCCAGCUGCCUAUGACAUUGCGACGGCGUCUGGUGAUUUCAGCAGCAUCGGUUUCAGUCAGGAAUCUACACAGAAAGGUCUCGGUGGUCAGAACGUGAUUUCUUCUUACACAAAGUCCGAUGACUCUGCUCACUCCUUAGUCCGCGUGAGCAGUCAUAGCAUCAGCAACGAUGCUCUCCUCAACUACGACAUCAGCCAUACUUACGCUGCCCCGUACAGUUAUGCUGCUGCAGCUCCUCUAAUCGCCAAGACUGCAAUCGCACCAGCUCCUCUUUUGGCCAAAACUUAUGCUGCUCCAGUCGCUGCUACUCCUCUUCUGGCCAAGACUUAUGCUGCUCCAGUCGCUGCUGCUCCUCUUCUGACCAAGACUUAUGCCGCUCCUCUUCUGGCCAAGACUUACGCUGCACCUCUUUUGGCCAAGACCUACGCCGCUCCAGUCGCUGCUGCUCCUCUUUUAGCUAAGACUUAUGCCGCUCCAGUCGCUGCUGCUCCUCUUUUGGCCAAGACUUAUGCAGCUCCAGUCGCCGCUACUCCUCUACUUGCUAAGACGUAUGCCGCUGCUGCUCCUCUGUCAUACGCUGCACCGGCUGCUCCUCUGUCCUACGCUGCAUCGGCUGCUCCUCUGUCCUACGCUGCAUCGGCUGCUCCUCUGUCCUACGCUGCAUCGGCUGCUCCUCUGUCCUAUGCUGCACCGGCUGCUCCUCUCCUCGCUAAGAGCUAUGGAUAUGCUUCCUACGUUCCAACCAUUAAUAAGAUUGCACCAGCUCAUGGAUUCGCUGCUGCCUCCAUCGCUCCAGCUCCUCUUCACUCUUAUGCCGCCUCCAAAGCCUACGGAUACGAGCACAUACCAUUUUCACACACCAGUUUUAGUGGUUUCGGUUCCAGCUAUGCCUGGUAAAGCUGUGAUUCCAUACGUUAAGCUUUCCGGUUUUUUUUUUUUUUGAGAAUGUAGAUCUUGGUCUUACUUUAAUUGAGUCUUUGGGAUCUUAAAUCUUUUGAACAUAAUUUCGAAGGUUUGACGAUUCCAAAGAUUAGGUAUUUCUUCUUUAGUAAAAUUUAAUAAUAUAUUACGACUAUGUUUAUGAAUUUUAUUGAAGAUUGUGUUGUUUUUUGAGAAUGAUCAAGAUGAUCUAUUAGUAACUGAUGGAUUAAUAGAACCGGAUUGAGACUUGUGGAUAAAAGUUUCAACAAUUUCAUGUUAUCAGGGCGGUAAAAUUGAAUUUGUUUAAACGAUUCGUAGUAAGAUAUAUGUGCAUAAAUAAAUAUAAACG